CGGGCAGAAGGGCGGAGAGCGACGCCCAGGCCGCCUUCCCAGCGCCAGGAAGCAGCAGCGGCGGCGGCGGCAGCGGCGCCCGGGAUGGGAUGGGGCCCCGGAGGAGACGCCCCCGGACGGGCAGCCCCUCGCCUCCGCCCCGGGGGGGGCCCUGAAGCCCCGGGACAGCCGGGCGGAGACGCCGCAGCCCCAUGGAUCUGGACCUGGACUAUGAGCGCCCCAACGUCGAGACCAUCAAGUGCGUGGUGGUGGGCGACAACGCCGUGGGCAAGACCCGCCUCAUCUGCGCCAGGGCCUGCAAUGCCACCCUCACCCAGUACCAGCUGCUGGCCACCCACGUGCCCACUGUCUGGGCCAUCGACCAGUACCGCGUGUGCCAGGAGGUGCUGGAGCGCUCGCGGGACGUGGUGGACGAGGUCAGCAUCUCCCUGCGGCUCUGGGACACCUUUGGGGACCACCACAAAGACCGGCGCUUCGCCUACGGCAGGUCGGACGUGGUGGUGCUGUGCUUCUCCCUGGCCAACCCCAACUCCCUGCGACACGUGACCAGCAUGUGGUACCCCGAGAUCAAGCACUUCUGCCCGCGCACCCCCAUCGUGCUGGUCGGAUGCCAGCUGGACCUGCGCUACGCUGACCUGGAGGCCGUCAACCGCGCUCGCCGACCGCUGGCCAAGCCCAUUAAACCGUCGGACAUCCUUCCCCCCGAGUGUGGGCACGAGGUGGCGAAGGAGCUGGGCAUCCCCUACUACGAGACCAGCAUGGUGGCUCAGUUUGGCAUCAAGGACGUCUUUGACAACGCCAUCCGCGCCGCCCUCAUCUCCCGCCGCCACCUGCAGUUCUGGAAGUCCCACCUGAAGAAGGUGCAGCGCCCGCUGCUGCAGGCGCCCUUCCUGCCCCCCAAGCCGCCCCCGCCCGUCAUCCACAUCCCGGAGCCGGUGCCCGGGGAGGGCAGGGGCCCCGAUGCCCUCUUCCGCCAGCCGCUGUGCGCCGACGUGGUCUUCUGCCUGCAGGGGGGCCACCGGGUCUUUGCCCACCGGGUCUACCUGGCCACGUCCUGCUCCAAAUUCUACGACCUCUUUGCGCUGGACUCUCCCGAGGCCGCGGGCGCCAAGGAACCGGCGGUGAGGACUAGGAGCUUGGAUGCCGACAUCCAGUGUGGCUCGUCGGCCGCGGCCGCGGCGGCUUCUCUCCGGGCCUCGCAGAGCGACGACCCCUGCGCUUGGGUCGGGCGCCGCGGGCGCUGGCGGGCUGGGGCCGGGGCUUCGUCAGCAUGCGCCAGGAGGCGGUGCGCGACCCCGUGACGCAUCGCGAGAAGCCCAUGGCGGCCGUCUACCUGGACGGGCUGGUGCAGGCGGGGCCUUUCCUGGCGGUGCUGGAAUACCUGUACACGGGGCGGC